GGGCAUCAUCAACAAGUAAGUAACUAUCUCAUCCUUCUGCACUUAUUUUCAUAUAAACAAAAAUGAAAUCUGGAAACAAAGAACAGACUGUGAACAUCACAGAACGGACCCUUCACACCUGUUGUUACACCUAUCCAAGAUUAAAACUUGACUAACCAAAAUUAAAAAAAUCUAGAUAUCACGCAUAUGGACAAAUCUUAUAAUAUAUAUGUAUUACUCCUUAUUCAAUUCUUAUAACUAAAAAAGAAAUACAUAUGACCCCGCCUUAGACUGCAUAAGUUACUACUACUUAGUAGGGUGUAAGAUGUAAAAAGUAGGAAAGAUGGAGAAUCUCUACCCAACAAAGUCUGCUUGACUUGAAAAUUCAACAGCCUAAUUCAUAAGAGUAAGUCUUUUAUAUCUUUUAUAUUUCAUUUCAGCCAAGUAUGUCUCUAUCGCUUCAAAAUAAAUUGGUAUUUUGAUUCUCAGUGAUGGUACUUUAUAUACCGUAACUUAAGCCUAAGUCCUUGCACGAGAAGACUUAUGAAAAGACUUGAAAGAAGACUAGGACAAAAUAAAUUAAUAAAAAAAGAGUAGUCGUGGACCAAGACACAAGUCAACCACAGGUCUUUGUAAGACUUAAAGCUAGUUUGAAAGCAUCCAUCUUCUUAUGUAUCUGUACCUUCAACAAGUACACGUUUCUACAUAUUAUAUAUUUAUUAUACAUUUACCUUGAAGCUUCCUUUCUAAGGUUAAGUCUUCAAAACCCGGAAAAAGAAAGAUUUAUUUUGAAAACAUAUAGGCACUACUCACACAUUCUUGUGUAUGCAUAAAUAGCUAUGAAUGAUGCAGAGACAAACUUGGGGAGGAGGUUCAGCGAUGAUACUUACUCAGGUUUCGACCUUCCGGAUCUGUACUUGUCAGAUGAAUGGAUGGACGAUGAUCUUGUCUCUGCGGUUUCAGGGAUGAAUCAUUCUUAUGGUUAUGAGACCAGUGAUAGUGCUCAUGCUGCUGCCUUCUUCUCAGGUUCCUCUAGCGGUUACGGUCAUCCCGAAUCUCCAUGUACCAACGCUUCUGUUGCCGCUGCUACACCCACCGCUUCUGCCGAAAAACAGAUUAAGAAGGAAAAGAAGAAAGUAAAAGAGAGAGUUGCAUUCAAGACACAGUCUGAAGUAGAAGUGCUUGACGACGGGUUCAAGUGGAGAAAGUAUGGGAAAAAGAUGGUGAAGAACAGCCCAAAUCCCAGAAACUACUUCAAGUGUUCAGCUGAUGGCUGUCCCGUGAAGAAAAGGGUUGAACGAGAUGGAGAUGAUCCGAGCUUUGUGAUAACAACUUAUGAAGGCUUCCACAAUCACUCAAGCAUAAACUAAGGUUCCUAAGAGUUUUCUCAACUUAUGGUUACGACGGCAUGAAUACACAGUCUGAGUAAAGAUACUGAAACCAAUACUAUUCACGUUUAUAUUUCUUAUGAAUCUGUUCUAGAGACCGAUUUUCAAAUGGUUAUUGUACUUAUGCUAUACUCAAUGUAAACUGAUUGACAAAUUUUGAACGAUUUAUGAUAUCCUGAGUCUGGAAUA